GCCCUGCUGGGCUUCGAGCGCACCGUCCGGCACUUGGAUGGGCGAACCAUCCAUUUCUCCUACAGCAAGGUCACGAAGCCAUCCGCAAUCCUCCGCAUCCGUGGUGAGGGCUUUCCCCAUAGGGGAGAUCCCACAGAACGGGGCGACCUUUAUGUGAAGUGCAACUUGAUCAUGCCUGAGGAUGGUGAGCAGUGGCUGCAGGACAUGCUGCAAAGAUCAGCAGAAGUGAAGUCUUAG